CUUGCUUUCUUCAACAAUCUUUCUUUCUUCCGAUUUGCACCAGCGCUAUGCAGCCAUGGCUCAUCUCUGUGGUCCUUGUAACGAUACUCACGAUGACUCUGUUGUUCCUCCUGAGCUUCGACUCCUUAGAGCCGCAUGGCGAAAACGCUUCGCUUGAAGCGAUUUGUCCAACCGUGCCAACCAGCCUUCCGCAUUGUGCCCCAAGGUACCAAGAGUUUGGCCUCAACUGCAAUUAUCUUAGUGAGAGUGUGGAGAAGGAGCCCUACAGUGCCGGCAGAUACUACUUGGGCAUCGCCAAUAGCUUUAUCAAAUUUCCACGGACUGUGAAGUCCAUCUCCUUUAUCGAGGAUUGGACGGAAGGCCGGCAAGGUCCUGCGCUGCAAAGCCGGACCAAAGACGGUUUGACGGUUCACCUAGAGGUCUCAUUUCAGUACCAGCUGAAGUUCGACCAGCUUUACACCCUGUGGUCUACCUUGGGUGAAGACUAUGAGAAAACCUUCGUGCGGAUGGCAAUUGAGCAACUCUCCACUUCCACCACGCACCACAAUGCCCAUUUCUUCUUCAGGAACCGGACAUUUGUCAGCAUGGAGAUGCAUCGCAAGCUGGACGGGCAUUUUCGUCAACAUGCCUUUGCCGAGGUACCUUUCUUCCAGCUGCGGACAGUCCACUUGCCUGAUGCCUUCGAGGAUGCCAUCCGGGAGACGCAGGUACAAGAACAACACAUUCAAAUCGCACGAUUGGAGCAGGAGACAAAGAAGGUCACUUUCGCAACGGAGGUUCUGAAAGCCAAGCAGGCAGUCCAGAAGCUUCAGAACGAGGCAGAUGGAGAGGCAGAGGCUAUUCUGAAGAAAAAUGAUGCAUAUUGCGAACAAUACAAGCUCACCCAGCAGUUGCAAGUUGAUGGGUUGGAGUCAGUGGUUGCCAAGACCUCUUGGGGCGACAGUGAACUCUUGAACUACUUGAGUAUCAGAGCUGUUCGAGAGCAUCCCUCUUCAAAUACAAUGAUUAGCCUUUGAGUCGCUGACGCUUCACCGUGUUUUGCAGAGGCUUUUAAUUGGUAGAAAAGAACAAAGAAAGGAUGAAAUAGAAUGAACAGAGGUUGGACAGAGACACCAUUUGGGACACCUUGUCCACUUUUAGUGCAAAGAUGUGCAGAGUGCCAGCAGUGCCUCAAAGCCCAGAAAGCACAUCGAAUGUUGACCUGGCCAUAGGGGCUGGCGCUCAAAGAAGCGUGCUACUCACAAAGUAGAAAA